UAAUUGUUGUGAUAAACUUAUUAAAUAGAAUGGUACAAUGGCAGAUAGUCAAAAAGAACAGCAAAAGGAAACAGAGUCUUCCAUGUAUCGCAAGCUUGCAGAAGAGUACUCGAAGCUUAAAGCUCAUUAUCAGGUCUUGAAGAAACUCUUGGUAGAAACAAGAUCAGAGAAAGAAUCUCUAACAAGUGUUCUAAAGACCAAAGAGCAGGACAUUCGCAAGUUAACCCAAGAACAGGAAAGUCUGCAAUUUCUGAAUGGUCAGCUGAACAAAAGAGUUGAAGUUCUGCAAAACAACUUAGCAGAAACACAGAAAAAUGACAAGAAGAGAAAGGGAGGGAGCGGGGCUUCCAACACAGCUCAAUUAGAUGAGAAAAUUAUGGUACUCGAAAACGAACUGAUGUCUAAAAUAAAAGAAAACGAAGACCUUCAUUUUACAAUAGAAACUUUGCAGUCUGAACACAGAAAAUUAGUAUCUGAAUUGACCGACAAAGUUAAGUCUUAUCAGAGCAGAAACGUAUUGCAGUUGACUCAUGAUGCGACUGAAAAUUUGGAGAAUAAAAUGGUAAUUGAAGAGUUGAAGAAAACAAACGAAGUACUGACCAAGCAGGUUGAAAGUCUGAAGUUUGCAGACAGUAUGGAUUCGAAAUCUCGUUCAGUAUCAGUCGACACAGCUGAAUUAAUUUCGAAGCCUAUAAAUGGAUUCCUGUCGGCCAAUGAAAAUAACUUUGAAACUAGUAGUAUUGCUAGUUCCUCUAAAUUCAGCGAUGCUGUUACUACAUCGGCCGUUGCCCCUAGCGUGUCCAAAAUGUCAAUAAGCGAGAGGCCACAGGGAAAGAAUGCGAAAGAAGUUUUUGUCUCGUUGGGUGUUUUUUCGGACCAGUUCCUCUCAUCACUUUCGACUUGGCACUGUUAUGAGAGAGACAGGAUUGCAGCUUAUGAUGAUUCUUCAGCUGUGAACUUGGAUUUGGCAAAUGCACAUUCGACCUUGUCAUCCUCGAUCAAGGACUCCGUUUCUAAUUUCCGUCAGUUCACUCUCACUCUAACAAGUGAUGACAACACGGCUGCAGGAGAAUCUAUCUCGACUCAUGAUCCGGAUGCGAGUAGGCUCUCGUUUUCAGCUUUUCUCAUGCCUUUUCUCUUGUACCUUUCGGGAGUUGUAAAAAUCACAAACGAGGUGGUGAAUUACUUCAAAAGUUCCGAAAAUGAACGGUCAUAUGCGACAGAUGAAUUGAAAAAGAAAAACGAGCAAUUGGCUUUACAUUAUGCUCAAAUUUCUAAAUGUUUUAAGCAGAUGCACAAUGUGUUGUCCGAUUUCCCGAGUACUGCUUACCAGAAUCAAAAUGCAGAAUUGUUCAUUUUGCAGUUGAAAAAUUGUUUCACUGAUUUGCGGAACGAGUAUAAAGCUCUAUCGAAAAAUUUGAAUCAGAAAAUACGAAUCGAACACCAAAUUGACGGAGUGAAUGAGAAAGUGAAAACUGCCAAUGAGUGUCUCUUCUCAGUCACUCACUCUCUCUCCCGAUCCACUGCUAAACUAGUCGACUUCAUCUGCGAACACGAGAAGUUGUUCGUCAAGAGUAUUCUCUCUUCUCAGCCUUGUUACGAUUUCACAAGCAGUCCGAACAACCAAUUAAGUGUGAUAGUAUCAAGUAAUAAUGACAUGCUAUCAUCCAAUGCUGCCUUUUCGCCACAAUCUCUAAGCGCCGACAGUACGAUUAGGCCGAAAACGUUUGAGCAAAUCAGAAAACAGAUAGUCCUCAAACAGUCCGAAUACAAUAUACUGCUGUGUCAGUUGAAAGAAUUGGAUAUAUCUGCCGGGUGUACUGAUAAGCAGAAUAAUGAGAAUACAGAAAAGUUUGGUGAUAUGAAAUUAAAUGAGUUGUUCGGUUUUGGCGACAGUGGGAAUGGGUUGUGUCUUCCGACUAGUAGUGACGGAGUAGCUUUACUGUAUAGAGAUGAGGCAACCACACUCUUCCAUAGGUUGAGUUUGAGUGAGUCGAUGGCCAAGCAGGUAGCAGAAGAACGGGCUAAGCUCAAGGAAAAGCUCAUUCUCAAGCAACAGGAACUAGACUCCACUCGUGAUUCAUACCAGCAGCAGUUAUCGGCCAUGAGUGAUCACGUGUGCGAACUGAAUGAACAAAUCAGCAUUUUCCGAGAACUCCAACAGGCGACUAAAGAUUCGAAUUCGGCCGUGGGCAAAGCGCACCUUAGUUUCGGUGACGCUCAAGGGUCAAAUCAGAAUUACAUUUAUCCUGGUGAUGUCCAAUUUCAACCUCCCUCUAAUGGAAGUAAAGGCAGCUUGACCUCGACCUCAUCAUCUUCAAAAAAGAAAUCUGUUACUGGUCAACCAUUAAUAGCUGUUGAUCAAUCGAGUAGCGAAAUGGGUGCAAGUAGCAGUAAUAGCAAUGCUUCUGGUUCUUCGUUAGCUGCCAUUGGCUCAAAUACUCUAAAAUCAGCCGGUGCUAAAAUAGGCAACAUUUUUAGGUGACAGUUGUUAUAUGAUUAUUGUUGUCAUUGUUGAGUGAGUGACAAGAUUUCUAUCGUUUAUGAUUAGUUUUCUUUUCCCAGUUAAAAUUAGUUAAUAAAUAAAUUCACUAUUC